GGUUGUCUCCUCACCAGACUAUGAGCUCCUUGAAAGAGAGAAUCGUGUCUUACUCAUCUUUGUACCCCCAGUGUCUAGCACAGUUCCUGGUACAUAGUUUUAGCUGAAUUUUGGGACAUGGCCACUGCUUCACCAAGGUCUGAUACUAGAAAUAAUCACAGUGGAAGGUUACAGUUACAGGUAACUGUUUCUAGUGCCAAACUGAAAAGAAAAAAGAAUUGGUUUGGAACAGCAAUAUAUACAGAAGUAACUGUAGAUGGAGAAAUUAAGAAAACAGCAAAAUCCAGUAGUUCUUCUAACCCAAAAUGGGAUGAACAGCUAACUGUAAAUGUGACCCCACAGACUACGUUGGAAUUUCGAGUUUGGAGUCAUCAUACUUUAAAGGCAGAUGCUUUAUUAGGAAGAGCAGCGAUAGAUUUGAAACAAGCUCUGUUAACGCACAAUAGAAAAUUGGAAAGAGUGAAAGAACAAUUAAAACUUUCCUUGGAAAACAAGAAUGGCAUAGCGCAGACUGGUGAAUUGACAGUUGUGCUUGAUGGAUUGGUGAUUGAGCAAGAAAACCUUACCAACUGCAGCUCAUCUCCAAACAUAGAAAUACAGCAAAAUGGUGAUGCCUUACAUGAAAAUGAAGCGCCUUCAGCAAGGACAACUGCCAGGUUGGCUGUUGAAGGUACUGAUGGAGUAGAUGAUCACGCACCUGCAAGCACUCUAGUCCAAAACUCUUGCUGCUCGUAUAUAGUUAAUGGAGACAACACACCUUCAUCUCCACCUCAGGUUGCUGCCAGACCCAAAAAUACACCAGCUCCAAAACCACUCACAUCUGAGCCUGCCAGUGACACUGCUAAUGGAGAAUCAUCCUCAUUUGCACCAACUGAUAAUGCUUCUGCUACGGGUAUUCCUGUAGUGUCUGAAGAAAACGCCUUGUCUUCAAAUUGCACUAGUACUACUGUUGAAGAUCCUCCAGUUCAAGAAAUACUGGCUUCCUCAGAAAACAAUGAAUGUACUCCUUCUACCAGAGAAGAAUUAGGACCUGGAGCUAGAAGUCUAUUAGACCUUGACACCUCUAAUUCUGGAAAUAGUUCUGCUUUUGAAGCAGCCAAAUCAAGACAGCCAGAUGGGUGUGUGGAGCCUAUACGGCAGCAGUCGGGAAAUGCCAACACAGAAACUUUGCCAUCAGGGUGGGAACAGAGAAAGGAUCCUCAUGGUAGAACCUAUUAUGUGGAUCAUAAUACUAGAACUACCACAUGGGAGAGACCACAACCUUUACCUCCAGGUUGGGAAAGAAGAGUUGAUGAUCGUGCAAGAGUUUAUUAUGUGGAUCAUAACACCAGAACAACAACAUGGCAGCGGCCUACCAUGGAAUCUGUCCGAAAUUUUGAACAGUGGCAGUCUCAGCGGAAUCAAUUACAGGGAGCUAUGCAACAGUUCAACCAACGAUACCUCUAUUCGGCUUCAAUGUUAGCUGCAGAAAAUGAUCCAUAUGGACCUUUGCCACCAGGCUGGGAAAAAAGAGUGGAUUCAACAGACAGAGUUUACUUUGUGAAUCAUAACACAAAAACAACCCAAUGGGAAGAUCCAAGAACACAAGGCUUACAGAAUGAAGAACCCCUGCCAGAAGGGUGGGAAAUCAGGUAUACUCGUGAAGGUGUUAGGUACUUUGUUGAUCAUAAUACAAGAACAACAACAUUCAAAGAUCCUCGCAAUGGGAAGUCAUCUGUAACUAAAGGUGGCCCACAAAUUGCUUAUGAACGCAGCUUUAGGUGGAAACUUGCUCACUUCCGUUAUUUGUGCCAGUCUAAUGCACUACCCAGUCAUGUAAAGAUCAAUGUGUCCCGGCAGACAUUGUUUGAAGAUUCCUUCCAACAGAUUAUGGCAUUAAAACCCUAUGACUUGAGGAGGCGAUUAUAUGUAAUAUUUAGAGGAGAAGAAGGACUUGAUUAUGGUGGCCUAGCAAGGAACAUAUUAAGAUCUUACUUAAUUUCAGGGAAGUUUUCUUCUAUUAUGUCUUUGAAUAUUUUUUCUGUUCCAUUUGUUCGAUUUUUCUUCAGGAACAUCAAUCAUGGAGAAUGGUUUUUCUUGCUUUCACAUGAAGUUUUGAACCCAAUGUAUUGCUUAUUUGAGUAUGCGGGCAAGAACAACUAUUGUCUGCAGAUAAAUCCAGCAUCAACCAUUAAUCCAGAUCAUCUUUCAUACUUCUGUUUCAUUGGUCGCUUUAUUGCCAUGGCUCUAUUUCAUGGAAAAUUUAUCGAUACUGGUUUCUCUUUACCAUUCUACAAGCGAAUGCUAAGUAAAAAACUUACUAUUAAGGAUUUGGAAUCUAUUGAUACUGAAUUUUAUAACUCCCUUAUUUGGAUAAGAGACAACAACAUUGAAGAAUGUGGCUUAGAAAUGUACUUUUCUGUUGACAUGGAAAUUUUGGGAAAAGUUACUUCACAUGACCUGAAGUUGGGAGGUUCCAAUAUCCUGGUGACUGAGGAGAACAAAGAUGAAUAUAUUGGCUUAAUGACAGAAUGGCGUUUUUCUCGAGGAGUACAGGAACAGACCAAAGCUUUCCUUGAUGGUUUUAAUGAAGUUGUCCCUCUUCAAUGGCUACAAUACUUUGAUGAAAAAGAAUUGGAGGUUAUGUUGUGUGGCAUGCAGGAGGUUGACUUGGCAGAUUGGCAGAGAAACACUGUGUAUCGACAUUAUACAAGAAACAGCAAGCAAAUCAUUUGGUUUUGGCAGUUUGUGAAAGAGACAGACAAUGAAGUAAGAAUGCGACUAUUGCAGUUUGUCACUGGAACCUGCCGUUUGCCUCUAGGAGGAUUUGCUGAGCUCAUGGGAAGUAAUGGGCCUCAAAAGUUUUGCAUUGAAAAAGUUGGCAAAGACACCUGGUUACCAAGAAGCCAUACAUGUUUUAAUCGCUUGGAUCUACCACCAUAUAAGAGUUAUGAACAACUAAAGGAAAAACUUCUUUUUGCAAUAGAAGAGACAGAAGGAUUUGGACAAGAAUGAAUGUGGCUUCUUAUUUUGGAGGAGCGCUUGCAUUUAAAUACCCCAGUCAAGAAAAAUUGCACAGAGAGUGUAUAUAAGCUGCUCAUUCUGUACAGUGAAUUUUCUGAACCUCUCAAAGUAUAAAUGUUUUCCGUUCUUCCACAGAAAUAUGCAAAACAAUUCAUCCUUUUCUACUUUAUUUAUUGUUCCCUUGAUAUGACUGACCAGAAAAAGAUCAUCCUUAAAUUUUAAAGCAAGCAAGAGACUUUAUUAAAAAUAAGUAUAUAUCUAUAUAAGCAUAUAUGAUAGUGGCUCUAGUUUUAUAGAGCUCCAAGUGUAUUAAACACGACAGCCAUUCAUUCAAAAAGAUCUGGAUUUGCUCUACCUUGUUUCUCUUAUGGGGGGAAAAGUGCAAAUUGCUCCGUUUUUCUCCCUUAUGUAACAUCUCCGGAGGGUGUUUAGUUGCAUGGCUGUUCAGAAAGGUAUUAAGGGCUUAGGUCAAAUCUUUUUUUAUGUUUAAAAAAAAAAAUGCUGCUGGCUUUUCUGAAGACAGGUGCUUGAACCUGUCCAUUUGUUUUAAAUAAAUACAAUAAAUUUUCCCUCUUUACUACAUCAGUAAUACAAAGUAAUGAAUGAAACCAUAACUUACACAUGAAAGUCAUGUACUAGAUCCAAUACCAUUUAGUUUGUUAUAGAGAUUGGAAAGAAUUCCUUGAGCAGCAUAGAGGUUUGUUUACAUGUUACUUUGGGGUACUAGGUAUUUGUGAAAUUAAAAAGAAUCAGGCAGUUCUGUACUUUUGUUUUUAAAUCUGUGAUGUUCUUCAAAUUUGAUUUACAAUAAAUUACAGUUUAAUACUUAGGAACAUAUAAAAGGUAAUGUGAGCUUUGCCACUUUUGUUUGUGUUCAAAGUUUUGGUUUUGUAAAACCAGAUGGGAUUGAAGAGUUAUAUAAUCAUUUGAACACCCAAACAAAUAUCUGAGGCUAAUGAUUUUCUAUUAGUGUUUGCAUAUCUUCAUUCCUCUCAAAUUCAUGACAGUUCUAUGUACCUGAAUUAAAUAAGCAUAUAACAAAAUCUUUUGGGUCCCCCCUUUUUACAUUGAUAAAGUUAUUUUUGUCCUAAGUAAUGCUGUUUGUUUUCCAUUAUGAGGGCAUUUGCUGAACCACAGAGAUGUGUAACAUUAAAAUCUGAUGUGAAUGUCACUAAUGCUACUUUUAGCAAACCGGGCUUCCUAAUUAAUACAAAAAUUUAAAUUUC